AUGACGAAUAAGACAUUGGUCACUGGAUAUGAUUUGGAUGUGUAUGGGCUGGACAAUGGUCAGUUUUACCUCAUACAUAUUCCGGCGAUGACAUGUAUUGCUUUAAGCUUUAUUUCAGCAGUACUCGUAUUAACGUUUUCGUUUAAAUCUCAAAACAUCAAGACGUUUUUCUCCUGGACCAAAAGUGAACGUUUCGUCGUGUACUUGGCAUUGUGUGACGGCUUGUUCAACAUUUGCCACACCCUUGACCACGGACACAUUGUGUUGACCAGAAAUCACGUGUACCCCUUAGCACUGUGUCAAUUUUACGCGUUUAUGCUGGCCGAGUUCAUUACGGCCCAGAAUUUGCUGGUAAACAUUGCCGCCAUCAACGCUUUUGUACUGAUAUUUUUUCGGAAACAUAUAUCUUUCGGAAAAUAUGAUUGGAAACUAUUAUUGUGGACAUUCGGGAUACCUUGUAUUUGUGCCACAGCUGCAGGUAUUGCCGGACAGUUGGGACCUAAUGGAGCCUUCUGCUAUUUUGAUGGAGUAAAAGGGGUGAUCACCAACAUCUUCUUCACCACCGUACCACUCCUCCUAGUUCUAGCCAUCAAUAUCGUCAUGUACGUCCUUACAUGGAUCAGAAUCCGUUCCGAGGCAAAAAGGAUCAAAAGCACCGUCGGUAAGAACGCGUCCACCGUCGUAGCCUCUCACAGGGCAGCCAAAUCCAUGUCGCUAUUCGUCAUGGCCUUCUUCAUACAAUGGUGGGCAAUGGCGUUCUACGGAGUCUGGCAACUUAUUGCAGAUGUACCACAAGCCAUUUUCCAAUUCGUCACCACGUUCUCAAACAUAGGUGGAAUCCUGAAUGGUAUAGUGUACAUCAUCAUCAGACGGAGAGGAAGGGUUACCCCGGCAGAAGCGGACGAUCAGACAGUGCAGACACAUGUCUCAGAAAGUAGACAUCCAAGGUUUGGAGGUACAGGUACAGGUACAGGUACAGGUACAGCCUGAAGGACUCAAGGGCAAACUUAAGUCGCGUGAAAGGAAGUAAUUUUUCACGAAAAGAGGGCAAAAACUGUUAAAAGUCCUGUUUAAUAGGACAAUUUCCAUGCUGGUGUUUGAAGAAGCAAAACGUUAGAUACUUGAUCAUGACUUUUCAAAAAGUUUUACGUCAUUCCACGCGUGGAACUAUUACGAUAACUGGUAAAAAUUAUAUUUAGUCAAUACGCUGUGCUGCCAGCCAUUGUUGUAUAUAUAGUUUUUUUUUAUUGAGAAAUGUUAUUUUUCUGCCUUUUAUCUUAGAAGUAACAUGUAACCAAGGACAUUCGUUAGGUGUGACAUAUCCAUUGAAUAGUUACUAAUACAAGUCUCAGUUUAUUUCCAUCCAUAUCUUGUCGUGUCUCUCUAAAUGUUACAGCAUACGAGCUGGGACGCAAUUCAAUAACAGCCGAUUGUUUUAAAUUAAUUCGUGUUGUUUACUGGGCUAUUCUUCAAAAAAGGAAUUGCCGUUCAUGAUCGAUGACGUUUUUGAAUAUCGGUAUUCAUUGUAUUGAUGUUUUUAUCUGUGGUUGAUAAUUCAUUGUAUAAUCAUGUUGCAUUGGUAAUGAUAUGAUACAAUGCUUCUUAUUACACGUAUGUAAAUAAGAACUAUCAUCCUACACAGGCAAUAUUUCUUCACGUGAAUUUCACUUUUUUGCCCUUUUCACGUGAAUUUCACAUGAAGGAAUAUUGCCUGUGUAUAUAGUUGCAGGUAUUUUCAGGUUUUCCGAAACUGACGUUAUCUUAAUUCUGUCCUCGAAGUCUUUUCUUUUGCAAUUUUAGAUUAAAUUUCAUGUAUAUACAGAUAUAUAAUAAAAAGAAGAUCUCGCACUCAUGACCAUAUUGAAAUUAUUAAGCUCGUGCUGUUGAAAUUACUGGCAAACGAAAAUCACAAGUCGAAGAUUCAAAGAGAGUGCUUAUCAACUUUUGAAGCAAUACAACACACAGUGGCCAUGUUCCGAGUUACGUUAAUCUCACUUGAUAAAAAAACCGUACACAUGUAUUUGAAAAAAAGCCUUAUUGCGAAUAAUUCAUUAACAUUCAAAUGCUCUGAACUUUAGAUGAAUCAUGGGCGUGCUACAUAUGGAUAUUAUAAGGGUGUGUUCUUGUAUUUACAAUUUUACAAUUAUUGUAGAAAGAAGUAUCUUUUGAUGAAUGAACUAAUCAUACAAUAAUUUGUUGUUGUCAUACCAUAAGUGAUUGCUUUAUUAAACAAAAAGCUCAUAAUCUAUUAGUUAAUAUCGUGCAUGUGAUUAUGGGAGACCGUAUUAAUGUGUUGAUAAAGAACUUGGGUGAAAAGACUUAUAUUUUGAGUGAAACUGACUGUGCAGGUGUUAAUGACGAUCUACUUUUACUUCGAGAAAUCUGUCUAAACUAUUUCUACCACAAUACGAUGUAAUGUGCCGACUAUAUAUAUAUGUAUA